AGGAGGAGGAGUAGAAAGAUCCGGAGAAAAAGUUUGAAAGGAAAAGAGAGACGUUUCAGUGGCCGGCCCGGUAGAAAAGGAGUAAGUGGAGGUUGAAACUGAAGACACAAACGGCGUAAAGUCUCCCUCCGUGUGGAUUUUACUGCUGCCGGGGAGCCGCUGGGCACGCGCCUGCUCCUGUGCGUCUUUGGGCGGAUUAGAUGAGUUUGACUUCACGAUGAGGAGCGACCCUGUUCUGUUCACUUCCAACAGGGCAAUGGAGGAGCUGGUGUGUGAGCUUCGUCUGUUCCUGGACCUGCUGGACAGGGAGUAUCUGAGCGCCGGGGUUCGAGAGAGGAAGAUGCACCUUUCCAACAUCCUCCACAGAGUCCUCUCAGAUAAAGAACCUUCAUUCAAGUCAGAAAUCCACAGUGGUCUGCCGGCCCCGCCUCAGAUGCCCCUGCCUGAGAUCCCUCACCCCUGGCUGCCUCCAAACAGCGGCCCUCCUCCUCUGCCCAGCUCCUCUCUACCAGAAGGCUACUAUGAGGAAGCAGUUCCUCUAAGUCCUGGGAAGGCUCCUGAAUACAUCACCUCCAACUAUGACUCGGACGCCAUGAGCAGCUCCUAUGAGUCAUAUGAUGAGGAAGAGGAGGAUGGGAAGGGUCAGAAGAUGCGUCACCAGUGGCCAUCUGAAGAGGCGUCCAUGGAUCUGGUGAAGGACGCUCGGAUCUGUGCGUUCCUGCUGCGCAAGAAGCGCUUUGGCCAGUGGACCAAGCUCCUCUGUGUCAUCAAAGAUAACAAACUCCUGUGUUACAAGUCCUCCAAAGACCACACCCCCCAGAUGGAGCUGACCCUGUCAGGGUGCAGCAUCACUCACAUCCCCAAGGACGGCAAGAAGAAGAAGCACGAAUUGAAGAUCGUCCACCAGGGGGCGGACGCCCUGGUGCUGGCUGUGCAGAGCAAAGAACAGGCCGAGGAAUGGCUCAAGGUGAUGAGAGAGGUGUGUGUUAAUGGGAGUGUAGACUUGGAUGGAGCUGGAUCUGGAUCACCAGUGCACAAACCUGAGUUGGAAAAGAAGACAUCGUGCGACAGGCCGAGCUCCGAUGGUGAGGUGACUCAUGAGAACGGACACAGCGACUGCAAGGACCAAGGGAAAGGAAAGAAAAGCUCAAAGUCGGAGCAGAAGACCGGAACGGUGGGGAAAGGAGCAGGGAAGAAGAUCACUAAAAUCAUCGGGCUGGGUAAGAAGAAGCCGUCCACAGAUGAGCAGACCUCCUCGGCAGAAGAAGACGUACCCACGUGUGGCUACCUGAACGUGUUGUCCAAUAACCGCUGGCGGGAGCGCUGGUGCCGCCUGAAAGACAACCAGCUGCUCCUCCAUAAGGACCGGGACGACCUGAAGAGCCACAUCGCCUCGCUGCCCCUUCGAGGCUGCGAGGUCAGCCCCGGCCUCGAUCACAAACACCCCUUUGCCUUCCGCCUGCUUCGCAACGGCCAGGAGGUCGCUGUCCUGGAGGCCUCCUCCUCUGAGGUGAUGGGCCGCUGGUUGGGGGUUUUAUUGGCUGAGACUGGCUCCACCACCGACCCAGCCACCCUGCACUAUGACUACAUUGACGUCGAGACCACCGCCAAUGUCAUCCAGCUGGCCAAGCAGUCCUUCUGUUUCACCAGUAAGCGUGCUGUCUCUCCUAAUCCGUACCUGGACAACCCGGUCAAUGGCUACGCCUGCCCCACUGGUAUGGCUCUGCAUUAUGAUGAUGUGCCCAUCAACGGAACGCUGAAGGGAAAGAAGGGAACCACGACCAAUGGGGUGGCAUCAAAACAGAAGGCCGAGCCAAAGAACCAGUCCAAGAAGAAUGGAGUCAGUGGAAUGAACGGGACAGCUUCUCUGAAACGCAACACCUCCAACGCAGAGCAGUGCAAGUACGGCAAGAACCGCGUGGAGGCCGACGCCAAGCGGCUGCAGUCCAAGGAGGAGGAGCUGAUGAAGAGGAAGCAGGAGAUCAGGAACCAUCUGACCCAGCUGAAGAAGGAGAGGAGAGACCUGCGCACCGCUGUGGAAGCUGCAGCUGGCAAACGUUCGCACGCGUCGCUGUCGGAGCGGCUGAAGAAGGUGGAGGAGGACUGCAGGCAGAAGGAGGAGGAGCGCGUGAACCUGGAACUGGAGCUGACAGAGGUGAAGGAGAGCCUGAAGAAAGCCCUGAGCGGCGGAGUCACCCUGGGCCUCACCAUCGAACCAAAAGCCGGCUCCUCUGGGCUCCAGUCACCGGCGAUGUUGCGACGGACCCAGGAGUCUUCUCCCUUCUCCAGCUGCGACACCAGUGACACAGAGUCCUGCUCUCUGCCGGUCAACAGCGCCUCACUGCUCCGCCGGCAGCAGGGUGGCCAGAAACCCUCUCCAGUCCGGGGACACGUCCUCAGGAAGGCCAAGGAAUGGGAGCAGAAGAGUGGCACAUAAACCGCCCAACCCCUCACAUCGGCCUUUCAUUUCUUUUUUUCUUUUUAAGAAAUUGUGUAUAUAUUUAUUUAAAACUGUUCAAACAGUCACGGACAGGAAAGGAAAGGACACAAGCAUAGCAUUCUCAUGAAGCAAAACAAGUUGCUGGUUUUAGUAUAUUGUCAGUACCACAACAUACAGACAUAGCAACCUUUUUAAACUUUUUUACUAUUGAGCAUGCUCAGUAUACUAAGUUGUUUAACUUGUGUUGUCCGCUGUUCUCUUUUCAAGCAACCACCUUUUUUUCCCUCUUUUCAUUCAAAUCUGUUCCGGCGGAUAGACAGUUUGGGUUCAAAAAGGAUAAAGGUCAAAACCAAGUAUUUAUUUGUAAAUGUUUAAAGGAAAUACUAGCUUCCCUUUGUUUAUUUAUGUUGAUAUAUUUAAAGUUUCUUUGUAGAAAUCCCAUUCCCUACACCGUUAAUGGUUCUCAUUCGUGGGUGUCAGCAUCAGCAAACAAAGCAUCUUUAAGGGUCACAAUAAUCACAACACACACCGGCUGAGUGGCAGUGCAGCUCUGCUCAAAGGGGUGUUUCCAGAAGUGGAAUUAUUCCAAAUGAGAAACACGAUAAAAUAAAGAGAGGUUGAUCUGCAGCUGUGAGGCACUUUGACAUGUUCGGCUGUAGAGGACUCGGUUAUGCAAACAGUGUAGCUGCAGAAAAAUAACGUGUUGUGAUAAUAUGUGAUGUAUGAGUGUCCUGUCCCUACUAAUACUGACCAAAAAACCAAAUAACUAAUUUACCCAGAGAAAUAACUCCUCUUCUGCUGUCUAAUUACAGAAAGAUGAGGUUUCAUCCAAUUUUUGCAAUAUCUCAAGAAGAUAAGUUGUGUUUGUGGUACUCACAGCUUUGAAAUAUUACAUUUUAAAAAAAUUGCCUGACACAGCGUCACUGUUUCUGCGGGGUAAUGCAUUUACUUCAACAGUCCCAAAUAAAGCCUUAAGUAACAGAAGUAUCUGCAUGACUAGAUUCUACUUGGGGUAAUUAAGACAAUAUGUUUUGUUUGAAUUUAACGGUUAACUUACUGCUAAUGGAAUAAUUGUGCUUCUUUAAAUAGUCCCUUGGUGUGGUGAUGGAUGGCUGUCAUCAGGCUGUAAAAGGACUGUAGCUGGGUGGGUUUUAGCUCUAAGAAAGCUGGGCAGGUCAGGCUGAGGCGUGGCCACCCUUAGCUUUGGCGCUCUUCGUUGGAAAACUCAGAAACCUCAACCGACGUGGCUGACGUUAGUCCCUCAUCCAAGAGCCUCAGUCCAGAUCCUCUAAUCACGCCACUGGUUUACUGUAGCCCUGUGAUCUGACUGUGUGUGUGCGCGUGUGCAUGUGUGUGUGUGUGACUGUGUGUGUGGUGUGUGUGUGUGGAUGGGUGUGCACACACACACUCAAAUGUCUCCAAGGCACAUUCCAAAUCCAUCGACAAUACACUGACUGAAAUAGAGGCACUUGCUGUAAAUCAAUUUACUCUGUGUUCUGUUAAAUCAAAGGCUGUGACCUGGAUUUUCAGACUGCUUCACACACACACACACACACACACACACAUCAAUGUCACAUUUUUAUGGGGUUUAUUUAAUGGUUUUAUGUUCCACUGCUUACGCUUUGCUGCCAUGUUGAUACUGCUAAGUAUACAUUUGCUUUACAGGGAUUGUUGACAGAAGUAGUGUUAGCAUGCACUGCAGCUAGAGUUUGGAAACCAAUGCUACAUACAUUAGUCGGGCACCAACUGCUCCUCAAUCUUGUAAAUAUUUUCUGUCCCCCCUCCUGCUUUCUAAUGGAUACCCCACAAGUCUGCGAGCUGGAGCGUAGUCACCGUGUUAGCAUGAAGACGGGGCGCAUGGGGAGUUAUAUCUACAAGUAUUCAGAUGAUUUUGAUUCCCUGUCGGCUCAGCGUGGCUUAUAAUUGAGCGAGAUGUGCGAUGUCAGUAAAUGUGAACCUGCUGUAUAUAGCUUGGCUUUGUGGGACGGGGUGGGGGGAGUACAGACUCGUACAUCAGUGUUUGUUUUUGCACCUUAAACAUUUUCUACCCUGUUGUAUUCUCGGACAGUCUCCGCCUCGGUGACAGACAUGCUGUACAUAAGUUAAUAAACCUCCUGACAAACUG